CCCAACACUCCACCCCCAAAACGACACCGGGGCUCAUAUUUCGACCGUCAUCAAGCAAGAGUAGCCGGAUGAGGCAUCCGAUGAGCCCGAAAAGCUUCCCGUCUCGAAGAUUCUUAGCUCGUCGUCGAUUGAUGAAGUUCCUGACACCCAGGAGGAGCCCGUUCCGAUCAAAAUCAAGCAGGAGUUCUCCGAGGAGCCCGAUCAGGCUGACACACUUGAAGGAUCGAUGCAGCUAUGCGAGGUCGAAAGGAUGAGUGUGGUUCCUGAUAGCCUGGGGGAUUUGGCGCAACAAGAAGAGGAAACUGUUUCGAUCCAGGUACAGAGAAUUGGAUCUGAGGAGGUGGAUGAACCUGUUUUGAUCCAGGUCAAGAAGGAGGGAUCUAAGGAGGUGGAUGAGGCCGAAACGAUGAGCGAGGUUCCGAAUAGCCUCGCUGAACAACAACUUGAACCUGUUCCGAUUCAGGUGAAGAAAGAAGGAUCUGAUAAGAUGGAUGAGGCCGAAAGGCUGCAACAGUCUAAGCCUGAGAGUGUGAUGUAUAUAUUUUGCAAUGAAGAGCCACUCUGGUUGAGUUUAUGCCUUAACACACUGAACGGUCCGCUCGAGUACAAAGGAUUGUGGAAGAAGACGGUGCUGCAUUUGGAGAAAGUGUCGUAUGGACGGGACGAGGCUAGGCUUGCAGAAAACCACUGAGUUUUGAUGCGCGCAAUGCUUUAACUACGAUGACCAAGCAGCUGGAUGAGCCAAAGAACAAGAUUGAAAUGAUGAUUCUUGAUAGUUAUGGUUUUGGAUCAGAGAAAUCAAGGUCGAUCAUGGCAAGCAAGUCGACGUUGCUGAUUAAUAAAUACAAUGCACCUCCAUUAGGGGAUGGUCACAUGAAUGGACUCCCUGCUCACACUCACAAAAGAUUGUCCACAACACUUUGUGAUGAUCAAGUUUCAGGGCUGGAAUUUGAAACCACAGAUGGACAAUGGGUGAAGCUGUCACUCUCUCCUGCCCCCAUUGUCUUUAUUGUCGGAGUUAUUCUUAUGAGUAACUUAUAGUACUAAAAUAACCAAAGUAGAUAGAAAUUAAAAAUAAAAUUCAUAUUGUGA